AUGCAAAGAGAAGUGCUAGAGGGUUCAAAGGAGAUGAUAAGAGAUGCAAUUAUUCGAAAGCUUGACAUCAAAAUCAUGUUAUCUUCUUCAAACACAUUCCGUAUUACAGAGUUUGGAUGUUCGGUUGGACCAAACACUUUUAGCGCAAUGCAACAUGUUGUAGAAGCUGUAAAGGACAAGGCAUACAAUAAUCAUCAGUUCACUAAUAAUAUUCCUGAAUUCCAAGUUUUUUUCAAUGAUCAUGUCACAAACGAUUUCAACACCCUCUUUCAAUCACUACCGGUCGAUAAAUCCUACUAUGCAUCAGGAGUUCCAGGAUCUUUCCAUGGUAGAUUAUUGCCAUCGCGAUCGAUACAUUCUGCACAUUCUUCUUGUACUAUACAUUGGUUAUCUAAGUGUCCAGAAGAGUUGUUAGAUGACAAAUCCCCAGCAUGGAAUAAGGGAUUGAUUUAUUAUGUUGGUGCCUCAAAUAUUGAAGUGGUUAAUGCUUAUGUUGCUCAAUUUGAAAAAGACAUGGAAAUGUUCUUCACUGCAAGAGCUGAGGAGAUUGUUCCUGUAGGAAUGAUGGUUCUUGUUUCACCAUUUUCAGGCUAUAUACGUCUCAUGGGAUUUUUCGGUUCUAGUCUUAUGGAUUUGGUGAAUGAGGGAAUGCUAGAUGAAUCUCUAGUUGACUCAUUCAAUUUGCCAAUGUAUUUUCCCUCUCCUGAAGACAUGACCAAAGUGGUGGAGAGAAAUGGAUGUUUUAGCAUAGAGAUAAUAGAGUUGACAUAUCCAAAAUCAAAGCUUAUGGAUGAGUCUGAUGCAAAGACUUUAAUGAUAAACCUAAGGAGUUCUUUAGAAGGACUUUUAAUCAAUCAUUUUGGAAGUAAAAUUGCUGAAGAAGCUUGUGCAAGGACUAUUCUCAAAAGUGAAGAGAUUUCAGCCUGGAUGAAGGUUAAUUACGAGAAACCAAGCCAAUUAUUUAUCGUUUUGAAGCGUAAAUGA